ACCACCUUCCUCACUCACACGUCUGCGCGCCGCCGUGCCGUCCACAUCCCCCCCUCGUGCUGGUGAAACCCUCGUCACCUCCCUCAGUGCCCUCGUCUUCGUCCCCACGUCAGGAACUACACCCAGCAGGACGAGGAAUACACACUACACCACAUGUGUCUCUUAACUAGGACGUGACCCCCUGUGUGGUAUUAUUAGUGCAAUAAAUAAAAGUGCUUUUGGGUGGGUAAAUACCGCUUUUGUUUUUUUACCAAAGUUUCCCCGAAAAAAGGACAACACAAAGGGAUAAAAAUUACAGUCAUCUUUGAUUUAAGAAGAAAAACAAGGCGGUAGGUUGAGAGCAGUGUGACAGUGACGGAAGUUCUGUCUCUCACAAUAUUUUAAUCGUUGUUGGACUUGUGUAAUUACUAAAGUAGUUACGCGUUUAAAGACGUUAGUUAUUGAGGCGCAGUAGUAACAUUAUAACGUCACAUGACAGUGGUAGUUGGCAGGAAAAGAAACGAGCAAACUAACGGACGAGGAAAUAACUGGUGAUAACAGAGAUAAGUGACAACAAACGGUGAAGUGAAGACAGUGGAAGAGGAAGAACAAUGAUGAUGACAGGCAGAGGAGCGGGUGUGGUACUGGUGGUGGGUGUGGUGUGGGUAGCAGCACUCAUCCACACCAUCCACGCCCAGGAGGGUCACAUCCACUAUGUCCGCGCUGACGAACUCAGAGACCACAGCGGCAAGUGCUAUGAUGCGGACCGCUGCUCACUGCGGACAACAGGGGAGAGUUGGACCGUGGAUCACACCUGCGAGAGGGCCACCUGUAUUAUUGCUUCCAAUGGCACACUACUGGAGAAGCGCACCAGAUGCUCUGAACCACCGCCACUCUACUCUGAGACCUGCUACAUAGUGAGGGUUGAAGGCCGACCCUACCCAGACUGCUGUCCGCAACUCUACUGCAACGGCAAGCUAGUGUCUUUUGCACAAGCUUGAAGAGAUAACUUGCUCUUUUUGCGAGCCCAUGUUAAUAUCUUUUGAUUUCAUUUACUUCUAAUGCUACAAUAUGCUAGUACCCUUUAUCACUACACUAGCUUGAGGAGAUAGCUGGCUCUCUGGAGGAGCCCAACAUAACAUUAACUAUUUCUAUUAACCUAUUGUGUUUAACACUACAGUAUCUGUUAUCCUUUUGUGUCUUCCAAGUUGGAUAUUCUCUUUUACUGUUUCAUAUUAUUAAAGAAAUUUUCCAAAUUUACACACAAAACAAAUUCUUUCUCCAUCAACCGUAUCAAUUGUCACCUGAGAAUAUGAACUACAGUAUAUUCAAUGUACUGUAUAAUUUGCAACAAAGUCUGAAAAAUAGUACUGUUUAUAUAUCAACUUUGAGAAAUAUGGCAGGAUUACUCUGAAAUAUUGUUAAACACAACCUAAAGUUAUGUAUAUAAUUUUUUCCUUCAAGGUAUCCUUCUACAUCUAAGAAUUUAAAGUGAAAAAUUCUCAUAAACUUGACUAAAAAAUAAAUAAACAAAAUAAUUGUUUUCUCAACAGAUUUUUACAUACAUCUUGGUCCGUCAUUUUGAUCACUUGUCGUGCACCUACUGUACAGUUCUUGUGAUGUUAUACUGUUCAGUAUAACAUUACAAGAACUUCAUCACUAAAGAACACACAAGAGUGUUACUUGUUCUCUGUUGAGAACUUAGUCAGCAUCACUUGAUUUCCUGUCAUCUAACAUCCCUUCUUUCUGUUCAGCAUUAAGUUAUAUAAUUUUGUAAAACUUCACAAGUCACCAAAAGAAGUUCAAGCUCAUAGGUUGCCAUAUUUUAUUUUUCAUUUCGUUUAUUUCAAAACUGAGCACCAAGGUAAGAUUGCUGAGCACCAAGCUUCAGACUUCAAAAAAUGAAAAUGAGUUUAGUUUAUUGGUUUUAUCAGAUAUAAUUACUAAAGUUACAGUUGAAGACCAGAUCUAAUGACUCCAGCCAGGUAUGAGAUAACAUGUAAUAUUAAAGAUGAGAGUGAAGCUGGCACACACCACCAUGACAAUACAUCUUCAGCCACACCUGAAGAUUUGUUAUGGUCACCUCUGUUUGAUAUUAAAGAAAUGUUAACAUUCCACCAGUCAAUGCUGUACAGUAUUACUACUUUUGUAAGCACCUGUACAGUACCCUAAAAACUGUUGCCAUGAAAAAGUCUCAGUGACCUUUGAGAGUCCAUUUCUGGUAAUCUUACUUGAGGGCGACACACUAAUGCCAAGUUGUAAUCAAAAUAAAUGACAACAGAAAAACAAGUCAUAACACUUAAAAUAUAGUCACCGUUUUGUGACCCACACACAUCCUCUAAUUGUAUUCAACUUAAAGUGUGAAGCUUAUUUUUCUAACUAAUUUUUUUCAGCAUCUGCUACAAAAAUACUUUUAGCUUCCUUAAACUGUUUUGUGCCCUGUAAACAUAAUUGUGAGGUGUGACACCAAGUUAUUACUACAGUACAGUAUUUGUACAAGUGAGGUGUGCCAUAUGGUACAGGUCUGGUGUCACACACACAGUUUUUCAGAUUCAUAAAUUUUGUCAAUUACUACACAGUAACCUGAAAUGUUCUCACUCACCUGUUUACUAUUAUCUAAAAAAAUAAAUAAAACAAACUUUUCCUUUAACAUUGCAACUGAAUUGUUUUUGACAUUGUUAUUUGUGCACGAGACAAAUGUCUCGGCUCAUACAUAAUCAGUAACCUUUGUGAGUUAUUUAAAACUGUUUUGUUUUGUACAUACGGUAGUGAUAUCUAUAAACAGCAAGGUUCACAAGCAACUCUGGAUCACUUUGGGAUGAAUUUUGUGCACAUAUAAGCCAAAUUAUGAGUUAAAAUUAUAUUGAAAAUUUAAUGUUACCAAUGUUAUAUAAAUGUAAAUAUGACUGUAUGAUUGUAGAAUAGAUGUAAAGAAUGCAAACUAUUACUGUAUAAGUACAGUUAUGAAUGAAAUUUCCUUUACAUUCCUUCUCGAAACUGUACUGAAACCAAAUGAUACUACAGCAUCUCCUGAUGAUAGACAAACAGUUCUGACUCACUGCAGGAGUUCAGUCUCAGGCAUAUAACAGGAAUUUCGUCCAUGACUGUACAGUAUACACACUGGCUCACUAAUCACCAACACGUGUACACUCUGCACAUUUGGAUAUCCUCAAGCAAAUAUUUUCACUUCCUUCACACCAUCAUUCAUGAUACACUUAAAGCUUUUCAAGUUUUAUAACAAUGUAUGUGAUGAAGUCUAUUAAAUGUACAGAAGAUGACCUCAAACCUUGUAGUCAUUUUCCAGUUUCUGUAAUAUUGUGAUAGUAUGAAAAAUAUAGGGCCAAUUUUAACUAUCAACCCGACAACUUUGUAUAAGAAGGAUUUACAGUAUAAGGACACAAGGGGAGGGAGGAGACCAUGAAAGGCUUCUUAUUGGACAAACACGUACACAAAUAGAGAAGACAAAACACUGUAUAUAUAAGAAAACUCUGGGUGUUCCAAGAUGAUAACUAUAUUCAAUCUGUGUAAUCCAUUUCAUAAACUAACCAUACUUGUCUACCCUACAGCAAACAUCCCUAACAUGAUGAGGAAAUUAAUGUACACUAUAUCCUCAUUAAUUAAAAGACGAGGGGCUCUGGGUCAUUCGAAUUACCGAAAAAUCGGAAUUAAUUGAAUUCAGAAUAUUUUGACAUUAUUCGAUUUCUGAAAUUUUUUUGGUUUUCUGUUCAGUUUUUGCAUCUUGCCUUGGCUGCCACAUAAAAUAAUCUAUUUAUAAUUACUGUGCAAACAAAUAUUUUCUAAAUGUACAUACAGUGAUAAUAAAGUAAAUAAUACAGUAAUAAUAAAGUAAAUAAUAAAGUAACAAUAAUGUAAAUAAUACAGUAAUAAAUGUAACACUGCAAGAAGCUGACGAGGUGAGGGUUGAGGUAACGAGGUAGUACAAGGGAUACAAAAGUUAGUAAAAAUUCACUAACCUGCAAUGUUUCACUCUACCAAGCAACUCCCCUUUGUAAGAGACAUUAAACAGAAGAGACUCCAAGCCAUCCAAUCACUUCUUAUCCCGUCCCACUUACUCUUUAUGUACAGUUCCACUCUUCCCUCCCGUCUUCACCUAAUGCUAUAAUCUCGCAAAGAACGUUUUGUUUACACGACACACACACACACAUACAGUGAAAUAAUACAAGUAGGCAACAGUAACACACAACCUAUCAUUGGGAGGCUCAAUUAUAUACAGUAGUUAAAGGAUCCAGUUAUAAAAACAAGUAACUCAAAGAAUUUGCAUUAGAGAGAAUCAAGGCUAACUCAAGUAAGUGUGGAAUAUGGGCAUAAGAAGGUGACGAUGGUCAUGUUGCCAUGUGAUUGUAGAAAUAAAUAAAUAAUUACCAACAUCUAUUGUCUGUACAGUUGAUAGGACUCCUGGUUAUUAAUUUUAUGUACUGCAGGGAUCAUAUUACAUACAAGCAUGUUUAAAAAAUGUCUGAUGGUAUAAGGUUUAAUAAAUAUUUUUGUACAAACCUC